UAUCAGAGAACCGGGGUUACAGUUUUAACCUAUAGUUCUGUCACUUUACUUCCUCCAGCGAUUUUGGAACUUUUGCUGUUGAAAAGCGAUAUCCCAAGUAUAAAUACAGUAAAGUAUACACAGUAAAGGGUACAAAAAAGGAACACAUUGUAUUAGUAACACGAGCCGACUGCUCAUCCCACUUUGGUAAUACGUGGCAAUGUCUGACGUCAUUAGAACGCGGCCAUCUUUCCACAGUUAGUGCGUUUGCUACUUCUCUUUUGGCUCAAUACAUUGGAAAGUGAUUGAUUUUCCACCCCACUCGUUUCUCUGGAAUAUCAAGAUUUCAGGUAGGAAUACCGAAGGCCGGGAAGAUGAUGGAAGAAAGUGGAAUAGAGACCACCCCACCCGCCUCCCCUUCGCCUCCCUCUAGCAUGGCAGCCGCAGUCAACCCCCCUCCCCUGACUAUGGGCCUGUCCAGUCCCCUGUCCCUCCCCAGAACCACCGGCAUAUCCACCUUCGCCCCCGAGGGCUUCUCAACCCCCGUCCCUCUCGCUGUCUCCACCUCCAUGCCCCCUAUCCACUCCUCCGCGCCCCCUCCCUUCGCCAGCCCCAUACCCACCCUGUCCUUCCCCCCUCCGCCCAUCGGGGGAGCACCUUACACCCCCAGCCCCAUGGCCUUCUCCUCCCCCUACCCCUCUGCGCCCCCGAUGGGCUCUGUGGCCCCGCCUCCGACCGGUCCGGUGAUGUCGGCGCCACCGAUGGGCCCGCCCACCACAGGCUUUACCAUGAGUGCGGGCUAUGACAUCACGCGGGGACACGCCGGACGCACACCGCAGACGCCGCUCAUGCCCAGUUUCUCCAGCGCUGCCCCGAUUACAGGGGUAGUAUCCAACCCAAUGGUGCAACAGCCAAUGAUGUCAGGGGGUCUAGACGCCGGCUCCCCCAUCACCUUCCCUGAGGUCGAAAACGAGGACCCCCGCCUCGCCAUAGAUGCCAACGCGGGGGGCGGCAUUUGGGGUUUCUUCAAGGGCGUGGCAGGUAACCACAUGGUAAAGACGGUCCUGGAUAAGACCAAGCACUCAGUGGAAUCCAUGAUCACCACUCUGGACCCGGGCAUGGCGCCAUACAUCAAGUCGGGCGGGGACUUGGACAUCGUGGUGACAUCAGACAAAGAGGUGAAGGUGGGGGCAGUGAGAGAUGCCUUCCAAGAGGUGUUUGGCAUGGCCAUGGUGACCGGGGAGGCCGGCCAGUCCAACAUCGCCCCGCAGCCCGUUGGCUACGCAGCCGGAGUCAAGGGGGCCCAGGAGCGCAUCGACAGCCUGCGGCGGGCGGGCGUCAUCCACGAGAAGCAGCCCGUGGUCUCUGUGGAGAACUUCAUCGCCGAGCUUUUCCCCGACAAAUGGUUUGACAUUGGCUGUCUAAUCCUGGAGGAUCCUGGAGCUGGCAUUCACAUUGAGACCUUCACUCAGGCUACGCCACUGGCCUUGGAGCACGUCCAGCAGGCCCAGUCCCUGACCCCGCCGGACUACAGCCUUCGCUGGUCGGGCCUACUGGUGACGGUAGGCGAGGUGCUGGAGCGCAACAUACCCAAUGUGUCACGCACGGACUGGCACCAGGCCUUCACGGGCAUGUCCCGCCGCCAGAUGAUCCAGAGCGCCGCCAAGGCCCUGGCGGGCAUGUACAAGCAGCAGCUUCCACCCAGGACAAUGUGAGGUGGCACCAUAUCCCCCAGCCACCAUGUCUUUAAACUGACAACUAGGGGGAGGGAGAACCAGAGAAGGGAAGAGGGGGUUGGGCAGAAGUGGCAGCCGUUUCACCAAAUGGGAUUCCUACUCUGCUGCUAGCUGUCCGUCCUGAUUGGGCAAAAAGCCAAAUGCAAUUUUCUCGUUAUGUUUUAUUAUUUGUGUGUAGGAAGGUUUUAUGGGUUGAAACAUUCCGACGUGCCAACUGGAUGGAGAGAACGACGGAAAUGGAUUGUUCCUUCAAAAACAGGAAAUCAUCAUUUAUUUCUAAAUCAGCUUUUUUCCCCCAGCUAAGGCCCAGAAAGAAAUGCCGUUUUAGAGAGCGUAGAAAACUAGCUCAUUAAAGUAAUGAUUGAUUAUUUGAAUUUUGUCGAUUGUCCCCCUUUUUAUUGAGAAAGUGUUAUUUGUGAUCCUGAAUUUGUUGUUCAACAAAUUGUAUUCAAGUCAUGUAAAUCUGUAGAAUGCGGUGUUGUAUUACUUUUGGAUGAACACGCAGGCGAUUUGUAAAUGGGGAACGAUAGUGCUUUGUCUCUUUUUAGAGCAGGGAUCUCAUUUUGCCAGGUCCGGAGUUCGUCACUGAAAAUUUGUUAUAUUUCCAUUAUAGGUCCAUUAUCAUUUCUACACAUUUUCGCUUUUGGUAUUAGUCAUUUUAAAGUGUAUUGAUUUUGUCAGUACAACUUUUUUUGCAAAUAUCAGAAUUGGGCUGCCUGUAUAAACACAGCCAUUUACUCAAACCACCUGUGGGCCAGAUUGGACCCCCGUAUGUUUGACACCGCUGUUUAUAGAGAGUAUAGCCAGUGGUAGUUGGUGUAGUACGUCAACCACCAACCUACCACUUGGGGGGGGGGGGUAUUUUUUCUGUAUGAAUUACCUGCAGGCUAAAUGCUAUCUUGAGAUCAUUGCAUGUAACUUAACGUUUAUCAUUGCAUGUAACGUAUAUUUAUGCAAAUCUCUCAUUGACAUCAACUUGGGAUUUACGUAAAAGUCCAUUUCACACUUAGCCUAUGUAACUCAAUGGAGGCUUUGGACUGAAUGAGCUGUAAUGUACCAAGAUAUCAGGGCCUUAAAAUCCAUAAGUUGUAAUGUUUUGUACUUUUUAUUGUUGUAUGUAUACAUGUGUGUUAAUAUAACAAUUGUUGUCUGUACAUUAACGCUACAUGGGUUAUUACAUGUACACAUACUUUACAUGUUAGUGGAGGCCAAUGAUUUUCAAAUGGAGAAGGGUGAAAUUACAUUCUUUGAUCUACGAAUUGGAAUGAUUCCUUGGAAGGUGUUUCCUGAUUGAAAAUGACUUGUCUGGUGAUUUAUUGGAGCUCAGUUUAUCGUAAGUCAAUUCUUUAGUUUGUCCAACAUUACCAUUCUGUUCUAUACUGUGUGAACGCACCCCUUGCAAGAAAAACUAUUUUUUAAAUGUUUUACUCGAGUGACAACAGAAGAGUGCAACAAGGAAACACAAAGCUGUAUAUGACCUCUGGGGUUUUGUUUGGAAGGCAAUCCAUGUGUUAUUUGUUGCUGCUGCCUGAGGCAGUAGUACAUUCUGUUGUCCAAAACAUGGAAGUCCCAUGGUAGUGGGGUGCAACACUACUAGAUCAAGAGGUCAGUAAACAACUUUUCUCCAAUAGUUAUUCAACUACACCAGAGAAAUACUAGGACUUUGUCUAACUCUUUGCUUUUUAACUGGUUUUAUGUACAAAACGGAUUUUCUGUGUUGUGCUUUUCUUGACUCCUAAAUGUGCCUUCAUGGGGAGAGUAAAUAUCAAUUUUUUUCAUACUG